AUGGCUACAGUAGCCCAGAAGCACUUUUUGGAAGGGCAGACGUACUCAGUCCCCCUGAUCCAACCGGACUUACGCAGGGAGGAGGCUGUUCAGCGGGAGGCAGAUGCACUUCAGUAUCUGCAAAAGGUGUCGGGUGAUAUCUUCAACAGGAUCUCGCAGCGGGUGGAGGCCAGCCGGGCACAGCUUCAAGCAAUCAGUGAGAGAGUCACGCUUGCCCAAGCGAAGAUUGAGAAGAUAAAGGGCAGCAAGAAGGCUAUUAAGGUAUUUUCCAGUGCCAAGUAUCCAGCCCCUGAACGACUGCAGGAGUACAGUUCAAUUUUUGCUGGUGCGGAAGACCCAGCUAAACAGAAAUGGCCAAGACACAAGAUUCAGAGUAAACACCGAGUGCUGGAUGAGAAAGCUCUGCAGGAGAAGCUCAAGUAUUUCCCUGUGUGCGUGAGCACCAAAAUUCACCAGGAGGAUGAUGCAGAAGAAGGCCUUGGCAGCCUCCCCCGGAACAUCAGCUCCCUCAGUUCCCUGCUGCUCUUUAACACCACCGAGAACCUGUACAAGAAGUAUGUUUUCCUGGAUCCUCUGGCUGGAGCAGUGACCAAGACCCAUGUGGCUCUGGAAACAGAGACAGAAGAGAAACUCUUCGAUGCUCCUCUCUCCAUCACCAAAAGGGGACAGCUGGACCGACAGGUAGCUGAAAACUACUUCUACGUGCCAGAUCUGGGCCAGGUCCCUGAGAUUGAUGUGCCGUCCUACCUGCCAGACCUUCCUGGCAUUGCUGCAGAUCUAAUGUACAGUGCUGAUCUGGGCCCCGGCAUCGCACCGUCUGCCCCUAGCAGUGCUAUUCCAGAGCUGCCCACUUUCAACACCGAGUCAGUGGAGCCUUUGCAACCAGACCUUCAAGAUGCUGAGCUAUUGCCGCCUCCUCCACCACCACCUCCACCACCACCUCCUGUUAUGCCAAUUACUGUGCCUCCCCCACCACCCCUGCCCCAGCCCACAGCCCCCUCGGAGCCAGCCCGGACAGCAAGCGAGGAGAGCAGCAAUGCAGUGCCUGCAGCUUUGGUCCAGGGAGCCCCGAAGGAGGUGGUGAACCCCUCUACUGGGCGUGCCAGUCUCUUGGAGUCCAUCCGCCAGGCCGGUGGCAUUGGAAAGGCCAACCUCCGCAGCGUCAAGGAGAGGAAGCUGGAGAAGAAGAAGCAGAAGGAACAAGAACAAGUGAGAGCUACAGGACAAGGUGGAGAUUUGAUGUCGGACCUCUUCAACAAACUGGUGCUGAGGCGCAAAGGUAUUUCAGGGAAAGGGCCGGGAGCCUCUGGGAAUCCCGAUGCUCCUGGAAGUCCUGCUGGUGCCUUUGCUCGUAUGUCAGACUCAAUACCACCCCUCCCACCCCCACAGCAGCCCGUGGGUGAGGAGGAUGAGGAUGACUGGGAGUCAUAGAUGGGGUCAGUUGUACGUUAGUGUGACUCCCUGGACUCU